UACCCCUACUGCAAUACCUCUAUACGUGCAGUGCUUAAGUUCAACAACUAAGAGAGAACAGAGAAAAAUCAGUGGAAGAACUUACAUUAGACAUCGUUCUUUACUUGUGAAAAUUGUUCCCUGAAAGUUUUGAUUGAAGUUAUCCGGCAAUCAAAGACAUCAAAUAACAAGAAAUGGAUGUACUGUAUAACCCAGACUUUGACUUCGAUACUUACCUCACAACUACCAAAGCUCUUCACAUUUCUUUCAUCAUCCUCAUUGUUUUGAGCAACGGGGCGUUGAUCUUCAGAAUUUGGUUGCAGAAACAUUUUUUCUACAGCGCUAAAUAUCUCUUACUUGUGUCGUUGUCCAUAGGUGACAUUUUCCUGGCUCUUUAUUCUUUGGUGAUAUCAACCAGGAUAUGGUUUCAAGAUUUCUCAAAAGGGGAGUUAACUUGUACUUUAUGGAUCACGGCUGGUGUUUACCAGACACAUCUAAUCAACUUUGUCCAUGGGACUGGGCUCGUUGUUUUAUCAGCUGAGUAUAUUCACCGCUGUAAAUCAAACAGUCAAAGAACGAAAACUCCAACAGAUAUAUUGAGGGGGUUGGCCAUCAGUUGCGUCCCGUGGAUUCUGGGUCUUGUGAUUAUACUACCACUUUCACUGGCAGGAAAGGACUUGGAAACAUGUGAUGAUCAGUUCACCAUUUCCAGGCAGCAAGCUGAGGGUAUAGUGUCUACUAUUUUACCAGCGGUCAUAGCCCUUGUCACAGCUAUCUGUGUUUUAUGCAUAAAGAAGGAUCACGUUUCACACCAGCAGAUAGAGCUGACCCCACAGCAAAACCAGGUCUUUUCUAACCAGGUGUCACAAUGGAACACGCAAGGUGCACCGGUUAUUAACGGUUAUAAUAAGCAUCCAGAGAUGACCCCACAAAACACCCAUCUAACAUCAACUGCUCCACAAUAUAAUUAUCCACCACAGACAGCUCAAUAUACCAAUUAUCCACUACAGUAUCCACCACCCAGCUUUAUGAGUCCCCCCGCCUACAACACCAGCUUCACACCAGCUAUGAACAACACCCAAGUUAACAAUGCCGUUAUAAGACUCAACCCCAACCCUCACAUCACAACACCACCACUAGUCCUCAACAAUGAAAAAAACAAAAUUCUUUCCCUUGCAUUGCUCUUCUUUUUUCUCGUGGUUCCUCAAGCUAUUUUCUAUCUUGCCUUUAAUCUGAACAUCAACAGAAACCAUAAUCUUGCACUUCCUAAAGUAGCCUACUACGCCAUACACGACGGCCUGAUGUGGUUAAUGCUACUACGUCCCAUCCUCACACCGUUAAUGGCUAUUGCCCCACUAUAUUUGCAACAUGGCUAGUUAAAAUAUUGUAAUCUCUUGUAUAUCAAACAUUAAAAAAGCAAAUUAUAAAAUGUAAUGAGGUCACAGAAACAUGUUAGCUCUAGUUCCUCUUAGGAUGGACUCCAGGUUCAAAAGGAUCACUUACUUUAAAAUAUCUGACAUGGAGGCAUCCAACAACAUAGGGACGUCACUCAAUUAUACUUACAAUUACACACAAAUUUAACACCCGCAUAUACACGAAGAAGUCAUCUACCAUCCAGUGAAUUGGCCACACUGUUUUAGGACCCCUGCACCUAGUCUAGUGUUGUCUUAUCUGUACAUAAUUUAACAAACUAUAAAUGAAAUUAGAAAAAAAAACAAAAAAUAAACACCACAGUUUUAAAACUUGUCACGGCUCCUAUUGAGAAAGUUAGUGUACUCUCUAUAUUGACUGAUCAACACACAAAAA